UUGUUAUUACAAUUUAGAACAAAAACCAAUUAAGUGGUUUACUUCACGGUGGGAAGGCCAUGAAAAAUCGACUUCUACAGAAAUAACCCCCGGGCAGCUUCACUCUGCAGAAGCCUACAGGCCCCCCGGAGGUAGUCCAGGAGGACGGAACCCCGAGGGUCUGGGAGCUGGGAGGAGCCGUCUGCCGCCGCGGGGUGCGUAGCCCCGCGGUUCGCCAGCGCGCCCACCCGCCAGCCUGCGCUGUCUGCGCCGCCCGCGGCGGAAGCCGGGUCCCCGCCCCCCGGGGCAGCCCUGGAGCCGCGGUUGCCGGCGCCGGCCGGUUCCCUGGGAGACCAUGUUUGCGGGGCUGGGAGCGGACAGGCAUCCGGUGCCGGAGUUUUACUCCCGGAGAAGGCGGUGGGACCGGCCGACCGCUUCCCUGCGGGAGCAGUUGGGAUUGCGACUGGGGAUGUGGUACUGGAAAGAUGAAACCAGAACUCUUGAAUUCAGAAGUUUUACACCUGCAGUGGAACUCAAGGAGAAAGGAAAGAAAGGCAAAACAAUACACUUUGCUGAAACUGACGGUCCCGCUUCAGACAGUAAAGCCUCGUGUACCUCAGGAUCAAUUAAAUACAACUUGAGACCUUUCAGACCACCAUUAGAGACUGUUCUCUUCCAAAACAGGUUGACAGAUAAAAAGUUUGUUUCAAGAGAGGAUAAGUCACCUAAAGCCUUAGAGAAACGAGGUCAGCAGGGCAACGUGACACUACAUGAUGCUAAAUUUGUUGCUUUGUUUUUGCUGCAAGAUACUGAGAUGCAGCGGAUCUGUUCUUUUACAACAUUUAUGAGGGGCCUUGUGGAGAAAAAAGAGAUGGAACUGGUUAUAAGUAAAUUAGAGGCGGCGCAGAAGUACUUGGCCCAGAAGUACUGCAUGCUCGUGCUGGGCUUGGCCAUGCCUGAUAAGCAUCACAUGUGCUGCGGAAAGGAGAAAAUAUCAGAUACACAAAAAGACUGGAAAUUCUUUGAGUCCUUUUAUACUUUCUGUACAUACGUAGCUUGGAUUGUCUUCCGACGUCAACACUUCACAGAGAUUGAGGAAGAAAUAGGGAGGCUCUUUCGUACCAAUAUGUUCAACAUUCCUCGGAGGAAGCGUGAGGAUGAAGAAUCAGGAGGGGAAAAGAAACGCAUGACUUUUGUACAAUUCAGGAGAAUGAUGGCAAAACGUCCAGCGAUUAAAAAAGCCAUUAACAUGCGCUCUCCAGUCCUGUCUACUCUGCUGCCAUCUCUCAGAGAAAAAGCUCAGAAUGUCUUUGAGAAAAAGAAUCAUCAAGGAGGCAUCACACUCCCAGCCCAGAUACAAGAGCAAACAGAAAAUCUGGAGUCUGUGCCCAUGCCAACAGUUGGCAUCUUGGGGGAGCCUCGAUGUCUGUUCAACCCCCAUACCCUUCUCCCCCUUGAACCAGAAGAAAACACGAAAGCAGAUGGGAAACAUUCUUCCCUGAUAGAAAGAAAUAACAUGAAGAUCCAGGAUACACUGAACAUAGCUCUGAGAACACUGUCGUCUCAAACAGCAUUCCCUAAAUGAUCGGGUACCUUCCAUUUCUGUAAUUCAGUCCCCGUAUUUGAAGUAAACUACUUUGACUUAAUCACUUUAUAUAGGACUAAUAUUUAUUGUUAUCAAACAAUUUUAAUUGUUCAAAUUAUUUUGUUAAAAGUUCAGUAGUAGACAGUUAAUCUCAGAAACCUCUUGAAAAGCUCAUUUUCCUAUAUUUACUAGUUUGCUGUGUUAUUUAUUUACUUCCUUGGCUUCUGUGUGACUGUUUAGAAUAACAUAUUAGGACAUUUAGCCAGUAUUCUAGUGGACUAGUAAAGAAACAUUCUGUGUUUAUUUGUUCCUACGUUCGUUUUUACUACAUGAGAGAUGAUGUUUGGGAC